CACCGGCGCGACGGCGCUCGCGGAGGGGCGCGCCAUGGCGGCUGCGGGACUGUCGGGGCGGCCGCUGCAGCUGACGCUGGCGCUGCUGAAGCCGGACGCCGUGGCCCACCCGCUGGUGCUAGAGGCCGUGCACGAAACCAUCCUCAGCAACCGGUUCCUCAUCGUGCGUGCCAAGAAGCUGCGCUGCGGACGGGAGGAGAGCCGCCGCUUCUACCGGGAGCAUGCGGGGCGUUUCUUCUACCAGCGGCUGGUGGAGUUCAUGGCCAGUGGCCCCAUGUGGGCUUAUAUCUUGGCCCAUGAGAAUGCUGUACCCCUCUGGAGAUCCCUGAUGGGACCCACGAAAGUAUUCCGAGCCCGAAACAGUGUCCCAGACUCCAUCCGAGGAGCUUAUGGCCUUACUGACACCAGGAAUACCACUCAUGGCUCAGAUUCACCAGCAUCAGCCAGCAGAGAAAUUGCCUUUUUCUUCCCCGAGUUCAAUGAACAGCUCUGGUACCAGCAGGAAGAGCCACGUCUGCGCUCUGGACAGGUGUAUUACAAUGCAGAGGAGCAUGUCCACUGUGUGUUCAGGGAUGAAGAAACAGAGUUGACCUGAAUUACCCAGGGGUAUGGUUUGCUGAGCUGGAAGUAGCUGCUAGGUGCACUGUUUGGGUCAGCCCCCUAACAAGACAUAGAGCCAUGCUGUGUUUUAAGGUGUAUGGGGGAGGGAAAGACCUAAUGCAUAUUAUGUUGUGCUACCUGGGAUUAUGUUAUUCAUGCAGCAUACAGGUGCUGGGGCAUUUUAGGAAAAAACUUCUCAAGUAGCAGUACUCCAACUCGAUAUAGACUUCUAGCCAUGCAGUUCACUGGUCCCUCCCGUGUUUAUUUGGAUAUAAGCAGUAUGGGUGAGUUCAUCAAAGGGAUAGGUGGAAAGGGAGUUGCUAGUUCCAGUUAGGAUAUAAUUGGUUUUGCUGAUAGUAGGCCUCAGAUUCUUAAUAUUUACUCUGUUCCCACAGUCCCUUAUAGAGAAGAGAGGGGAAAAAGAAUAUGAGAAAAUGCAGCAGUAAGCAGGGCAAUAUUAACUCUCCUGUCCUUGCUUUCCUGGUUCCAAGCUGAGAAACACGGCUGUCUUCAGUUUUGUAUCGGGAUUCAUAUCUUAAGCAUCUGGCGGAGGGCACAGUUAGAAGCCAUUCUUGAGAGGAAAGCAGCAUAUCCUGUUGGUUCAGUUUUGUCUGGGCUGACAAGCCUGCAACAGAAGUGCCAGGGGAAGUUGCAGAAAGAUGUGGAGUAGUCCAGUGCCUGUGAAGGAUCUUCUAUUUUGUGCUUUUAGAUUGCCUGGGGCAUGAGAUGCGUAGUUCUGAUGAAACUUGAUAGUGGCUAUUAGAGCUGUAGAUUUCUUGAAUCCAUAAUAAAAAGCCAGAGAAGUUAAUUCUGGUGCACAGAAGCUGUAGAGUUUCUGCCCAGAGCUCAGCAUUGAAGCACUGAGUUCCAUGUCCUUUGUAAAUUAUAUGGACAAAGUCAUUAUCCAGAUAACUGAUAAAAUUUUUAUAUGGUGGUGCAUGAGGACUUGGUUUUGAGGUACAAUGCAAGGAUCUGACAUGCUUAUUUAUGUUUUCCUGUUUGAUGCAUUUUGAGAUCUGUUCCUGUAGGAGUUUUUAAUCCAUUUAAACUCUCCCCCUAAUAGCUUCUUACAAUGCUGAUUUUUUUUUAAUUAAGGUGCCAUGUUGUACUGAGUGAAUUUCUUUUGGAUAAUUUCAAAUGCACUGUGUUGGUGAAGGUACCUUUGUAAUAAUGUACUUGGGGUAAGAGGUUUGUUAGCUUGACUUAAUUUUCUGAAGCUAUGCAUGACUAGCAUUGAUGAUACUAGUCACUAAAGCUGUUGACCAAGUCCCGAAGUUACUAGUGCAUUAUUGUGUCACAGAUCAAAGGCAAGUUACUCUUUGUCUAGUUUCAGACAGCUAUGUGAAACAUUGGUCAUUUGAUUGAAAAAUGUUUAAUUGUAGGAAGUGCUGCCGUAGAGCUUCCUUGACUAAAUACAUCAGUAUUUUUUUUCCUUCCUUACUGUUAUAUGAGAUUAAAUGCAGUCACUGUUUUGUUCCAGGUACAGAUCAAAAGGAUGUGCGGAAUAUUUCUGCAUUUUUUGCAUUGCUGCUUUUAUUUUCACCAGCAGUAUCCAAUGGUGGAUCUGCUCAUGACUGAGUAUGCGUUUAUACAGGUCUGAAAUCUUGCUGUCCUUAAUGCUACUGUCAAUUGAUAUUUUAUUGAUUCCCUGAGUUUCUGUUAAAUUAUGUGUGGUUUUCUUGUAACUAUUAACCUGUAACUAUUUUUUUCACCUUUCUUCUUUAGAUUGUGCUUUCUUUUUGGAUAUUAAUUUGGGAUAUCAUUAAAUGAUAAAUCCUAGCUUACACUUCUCAUUUUAAAUGUUUAUUUUUUUUCUAGUCACUUGCAAUUAUUACAUUUGGGGAAACCGACCCUUUCAAAAUUUCAAGUACGGGUAACACUGGCUUAGUGGCGCUGUAUUUUCACAUAAUAAUUAUCAGAUCACAAUCACCAUUACUUAGAUAGCUGCCAGUUGUUGUGUCCAUAUUAAUGUUUCUUUGCUCCACCAAGACUGUACCUGAGUAAAGGUGGUCAAAACGGUAGAGUCCCAUUUCUCUAGAGUCUUUAUUUUGCAAAUCUAAAGAUGGUCUGUGAACUUUAUCAGGAGAUCUAAUAUUGAAAUAUUUUGUGUUAGAUGCAGGAGAUAGUGUCAAAAAUUAUUUUUAAUAUCCAGGGAAGCCUUUGGAUAUAUGAGAUGACAGCAGAUGCUCUCUGUUUUGAGGAUUCUUAUGAAAGUACUUCUUUUUUUUUUUUCUUUUUCUUUCUUUUCCCCUCCUUGUAAGUGCUCAAGAAAUGUUUUUUAACUUCUCUAGUGACACUUAGCAUCUGUUUUGUAUACCUCCUGGUGCCUCUCGGUCCUGUGGUGAAUCACCUUACAGAACAAGGUGAAACCUCUUUUUUUUUUUUUUUUUUUUUUACACCUGAGCCAAACCAUUCUUAAGAAAUCUUGGUAAUACCUAGUAUGUGCUAUUUCUUCUCUUUUCAUAAAGAUUUUUGGUUGCUUUAGUUGAGCUUCAAACAUGUUGUAAAAUAAUAAAGGCAAGUUAUCUGAA